AUGACGGUACGCACGCAUCUCGGCAUCACGCCACGGCGAAGCUAUUUCUUGUUCUUGUGCUUUUUCCUGUCGUCAUCCUGCUCCUCUCCGACAUGCGUCGACAAGGUGCGUCGGGACCAUCCUCGGAAUCGGCAAGACGAACACGAGUGGCGCAACCCGCCGUCGGACAUUUCGGAACUAGGCGCAAUGCACCUCGGCGACAUUGCGCUCGUUCUCGCCUCGUCCUCGGACGUCCUCUUUCGCCCCUACACGAGCCAGCCGCCGCAGAUUAUCGACGCCAGCGAGCGACGACGAGAUGCUAUUCUCGCAGCGACGGUGGCCCUUUUUGCCUGGGCCUAUGCCGUGACUCGCUUCUCGCUGCUGCGCUGGGCAGCAUGUGCCUUUGUCGCCGGCGUCGUCGCCGCCGUGCUGGCCAUGGCCACGGUGCUUCUGCUGACGGCGAGACCGCCGGCCCACGCAUCUCCCUCGUCGAGGCCCCCUCGUGUUUCUUUCCUCGGCCCGACGCGAUGGAAGGCCAAGGUGGAUGAUCUGAAACAGAGGCAGGCGUACGCACCGCCAACGCUGGAGCUCGGCUCUCGACGUGUCACCGAGGCGGUAAACGGCCUGCUGGAGCUGAUCGUUCGAGACUUUGUACGCAGCUGGUACGGCCACAUCAGCAGGAACCCGACCUUCCCGAACGAGGUCGAUCGAUCGAUCCGCCUGGCAUUCGCGAGCCUUCUCGAACCUCUGCGACGUCAGGACCUCGCCGACAUCGUCACGGGCCGCCUCGUGCCCAUCCUGACGGCCCAUUUCGGCGACUUUGCCGAUGCCGAACGAUCGGUCCGAGGCGAGGAUCUGAACCGUUCCGUCACCGAGUCCGACGAGCUCGACCUCGCCAUCGCAUCCAAGUUCAGGGACGGUCGCCUGCAUCCGGCCGCGUCACUGUCCUUUCCCGACACCAAGAUCGGUCAGCAGGACUACCUGCGGUCUCUCGUCACCCGCGUCAUGCCUAAAAUCCUCCCCGAGACGAUGCUCACCAGCCGGGCCGUGUCCGCCGUCACGCGCGAGAUCGUCUGCUGCGCCGUCCUGUUCCCCGUCAUCGGCAUUCUUUCCGAUCCGGAUACGUGGAACCAGCUGAUGGAGAAUUACGGCCGCUCCAUGCUUCAAGACAGGUCGACGGUCCGAAAGUUGAGGGCCGCCCUCGAUCAGCACGCCUCGCCGACGCCUCGAUCGGACAAGACGGCGGUCGUUCCGCGCCUGCUGCCGGGUGACAGCGAGCGCAAGUUUGAAAAGUUCCUCCGUGCCAUCCGCAGGGUCAACAACCUGUCGGAUGCCCGCCGCUUCCGCAGUGAGGUUGCCAGCCAGCUGAAGCGUGAUUCGCUGCGGGAGAACCAGGACCCCGUCUACCUGAGACGGCUGGAGAUGGGGAAACGGCUGCUGGACCAGACGGUGAACCAUUUUGCCGCGGGCGGAGACCGCAAUGCUGCUCCGUCGCGUCCGCCGCCGCCGCUGCCGCCUCCCGCCUCCACGUCUCUCCUGGAAAAUGCGACGCUCGUGGAGCUCCUUCGCGAUUCCUCCGGCCUGUCCUACUUUAUGGAGUACAUGGAUCGUCAGCACCUCAUGCCCUUGGUCCAGUUCUGGCUUGUCGUCGAGGGCUUUCGAAAUCCUCUCGAGGAUGACGGUUCAGACGACCAGCCCGCCUCCAGUAUGUCCAUGUGGACCGAGUCUGACCGGGCGGACCUGCAGCAGAUUGACCAGACGUACCUGUCGAAGCCGGAGCUGAAGGUGUCGGCGGCUUCCAAGCAAAAGGUUCGACAUUUCAUUGACGCCGGCACGUCGGCAACACCGUCAGAGUAUCACGAUGCCAGAAGAGUCAUCCUCCGGGUGCAGAGCGCCGUGUUGGAGGAGAUGCAGUCGCGAUAUUUCCAGCCUUUCAAGCGCUCCGACCUCUACUACAAAUGCCUUGCCUCGCAGGAAUCCUCGAAUGCCGACCUUGUUCCCUCAGCUGGCUCAACUCUGUCCUCCAGCGCGGAAACCCUCACCUACUCCCCUGCCAUCCGACCGGACCAGGCCAAUCAGCCGAGAUCGAAGCCGGCAGUCCGUCUCGUCCCACCAGCAGGCCAUCCCGUGAGCCUCCCCGGCUCCGCCUCGGACUUGCGCGCCCUGCACGGGAACGGGAACGGUCUGGACGCCACAAAGGCUGCCCGCAAAUCGUUGGACGAUGACUCGACCAGUCCGCUAUUCGCCGACGACGAUCUGGAGCACGAUAGCAUGCAAAAUUCUGUGCAAAGCCUCGACCAAGCAAGCCCGUCUCAUGGCGUUCCCGACAGGCAAGUCGUCCAAGCCGUGGAGGAGGCCCUCAGCAACAUCAUGGAUGACUACAGGCCUCAGACGGCGGAGGCUCUCCGCGCCUCUCUUUUCGGCACGGAAGACGGCGAUGCCGACUUUCUCGCUAGCCGCGACGGUGACUCAGUUCGAGGCUCCGUUGAUGCCGGCCCGCACUCCGUCUCGGCCAAGGAAUCCGACAAGCCCAGCCUCUCCUCCCUCGGCCUGGUCAGUGCCGCCUCGCGAAUCGGCGUCUUUGUCGACGACGAUCUCUUCGACGACGACGACGACGAGCACGUCCGGGACGUGGAUGAUGAGGGUGAAAAGGGAGGGCCGGAUGUCGAGGACGAGGUGCACGAGGCCGCACCGGGCGAUCUGGGGCUGGCCGAGGCCAUCUCGAGUCUGACAAACGACAUCGACCGCCUCGUGGCGCAGGAGGCCGUCGUGGACUCGUUGACGAGAAAGGCGGAGCUCACGAACAACACUUCGGAGCUGCGCAUUCUCCGCAAAUCCAAGGCCAGCCUGCAGAGAGAAAUCAAGCGCAAGGAACUUCAGCGGCAGCAGUACAUUGUGCAGGAGAGCGACAACAGCCUCUACGGCCGGUCGACGGUUCGGAUCGCGAGCAUCCAGGUCGGCAGGGAAGAGGACGGCCGAGAGUUUGCGCUCUACGUCGUCGAGGUGCACCGCAACGCGGGGGAGCAGAUGCCCGCGGCGACGUGGACGGUGACGCGGAGGUACAGCGAGUUCCACGACCUUCACCAGAGACUGCGUUCGAGCCACCCGUCGGUCCGGAAUCUCGACUUUCCCAGGCGACGCAUGGUGAUGAAGUUCCAGAGCGAAUUCCUCCGCAAGAGGCGAGAGGCGCUCGAAAAGUACCUGCAGGACCUGCUGCUGCUUCCGGACGUCUGCCGCAGCCGGGAGCUGCGUGCUUUCCUGUCGCAGAGCGUCAUCGCCCAGGGCGAGGACGUGUUGGAUCGCGAGGACAAGAAAGACAUCAUGACGCGGCUGUACGACUCGGUCGCCGACGGCAUGGAUGACAUCCUAGGAAACAUUCCGGUGCUCGAUCAAAUCUCGGUCGCGGGACAGAACCUCAUCGCCGCGGCGACGAGCCAGCUCAACUUGGUGCCGCCCAACGGCAACGAGGGGGCCUUUCCCGCGGCCGAGGUGGAAGCCGAGCUGGUGGCAUUCGAAAACAAGGAGCUCGAGCCGUUCAUCAAACCCAUCUGCGACAUCUUCCUCGAGCUUUUCGAGCUCAACAAGGGCAACAACUGGCUACGAGGCAGGGCCGUGGUGAUUGUGUUGCAGCAACUCCUCGGCGGCACGAUCGAGAGAAAAGUGCGCGACAACGUAAGGGCGCUCGUUCAGGAAGAGUCGCUGCUACGAUACAUUGCCAUGGUCACCGACAGCCUGUGGCCGAAUGGAGAGCUGCAGCGGGACCGCAAACCUCGGUCCCCGGCGCAGAGGAAGAAGACGCGGACUGAGGCGAGCCUGAUGCUGGCGACGCUGGUGCCGGACUUGGCAGGAAACGUCGUCGGUCGCGUCAACGCGCAGGCGGCGAGCCGGCGUAUAUUCGCGACGCUCAACAAUUCAAGGCUGAAUGCCCACCUCGCAUUCACCAUGCUCGACGAGAUUGUGGCCGUCAUGUUUGACGAGACGUGA